AGCGCUGGCAGGCGAUAAGCGCGCGCUCACGUUUUACGGGCACCUUUCGUCGCGAUCGAGUGCGGCUUAUCGCCGCAGGUUGUCGCAAGACGUGCGACGGUUCAGUUCUGCUUUUCGGAGUGAUUCAGCAAGUGUGUGUGCCGCGCAAGGAAGAUGGCCCCAAUUACGAUCAGCUUGGUGUUUCCGGAGAAGGAGGCGAAACGUGCGCACAGCUUCGAGGAAGCGCUGGAACUGGCUGGAUUUGGUCGGGCCCAGCUGAUCCUGGUGAUUCUGGCGGGCAGUUCGAUGAUGGCCUCGAUCAACGAGGCCAUGGGGCUGAGCAUCAUUCUGCCGGCGAGCGAUUGCGAUCUGCUGCUCGAUCCCGGCGAAAAGGGGUUGAUCGGUGGAGCGAUUUUCUUAGGAAUCAUGGCCUCCUCAUAUUUUUGGGGUUAUCAAGCGGACACCCGAGGGCGUCAGCUGGUGCUGAAAUACGCAUUGUUCGCUACCUCGGUAUGUUCCGUGGCGUCCAGCUUCGUGAACGACUUUGGAUCGCUGAUGGCGCUAAGGUUCAUCACGGGGAUUUGCAUUUCGGCGCCUUCCGCGAUCGUGUACACCUACCUGGGGGAAUUCUGCACCAACAGCAAGCGAGUGCAGAUGCUGUCGUACGCGUCCGUCAUGGCCUCCUUAGGCAUUGUUUACGUCGCAUUGAUCGGUUGGUGGGUCUUGUCGUACAGCUGGAGCUUCGCGAUCACCGAUACGAUCAGUUUUAAGCCGUGGCGACUGCUGUUUAUCGUGUACACCGUGCCGGGCUUUGUGGCGGCGAUCGCGUACUGCUUCUGUCCGGAGAGUCCGAAAUUUUUGCUGACCCAGGGUCGGACCGGUGAAGCGCUUGACGUUUUGAGGAGGCUGUACCGCGUGAAUAAAGGGCUUUCCAGUGAUGAGGGCUACGAGGUGACUGCGCUGAUUCCGGAGACGGUUCAGAAUGAUAAGCAGGUUAAGGGUGGGUUCCGGGAGAUUCUGCAGUCGAUGAAGGAUCAGACGGUGCCUCUGCUGAAGGCUCCGUACUUGGUCUACUUCUUGGUUUGCGGUAUCAACAGUAUUAGCGCGUUUGCGAUUUACGGAGGUCUCGGUCUGUGGUUCCCUCAAAUCAUGAACCAAGUCUUCUCGGACGGUUCGUCCGCUGCCGUUUGCUCAAUUCUGGAGACCAAACCCAGCACUGACAAUCUUUCCCAGGUCUAUCAGUGCACCGAAACCGUCAAAUCGGAGACUUUUAUGUACACCAUAAUGCUCGGACUGAUGGGAAUGUCCUACUGCUUCAUUCUGUCACUGAUCCUCGGCCGGAUCAGCGGAAAAACGAUGAUGAUCAUCAACAUGGCCGUAGCAGGCGUGGCCGGGAUCGCACUCCAGUUCGUCUCCAACAGUUACGUAGUGGCAGUGCUCUUCUGCGUGGAGAUCAUGUUUGCCGGGAUGUGCGUCAUGCUGGUCAACGCCCUGGCCGUUUCCCUCUUUCCGACCCACGUCCGCGGAAUGGCCGUCUCGUUGGUCAACAUGGCUGGCCGGUUCAGCUGCUUCGUGGGCAGCGCCGUCAUCGGGCUGCUCAUGGCGCAAAACUGCCCGCUGACGUUUUACGCCCUGUCCGGACUGCUGUUUGUCAGCUCCGUGGCGGCGCUUCUGUUGCCAUGGUAAAGCGCGCGCGCGCCCCCGUCAUCCCAGUAAGCUGUGAUAUUCGCAUUUUGGAGGUUAGAAUCUCAGAGAUUGAUCAAAACAAACGCCCAACUGUCACCACGCA